GUCAACUGCUUGUAGAACAUUGAGGUCGUUAAGCCCAUCUACCUUCUUUUGACGUGCAAUCGAGCCACGCAAAGUUUUUGCAGUAGUAAACCAACUUUGAAACUCGAAUUUCAACAAGCGAGUGUAUGGUUUGAGCCCGGUUUUGCGUAUGCCGUGUUAGACAACCAAGUGGUAUAAUUUGGUGUCACACAACUUGUUACUCAUAGCCAAUUGAGGUUUCUGAGCAUUGGAGAAACAAUUAGUUAUCUGAUUUAACUGUGAUGUUUUUCUAAUUAUUGGACGUUACUAUGUUGCUUCGUUUUUGAUACCAAAAAAUUUUCAACAAUGGAUCUUUCUCAUAUGUCGUAUGUACUUGGUUGAUGAUUGCAUUAUUCAUAAUCAGGCAUCGUACGCGACGCGCGUUUCUCAAAAAAUUGAAAAGAAAGCGUCAGCGUCAAAAAUUGGCUCAAGAAAAUGAAGAAAAAGAGAUGCAAGAGUUGGCUAGAUUGCAACUCUCCCCAACGUACCAGGCACAGCAGGCUAAAGAACUGGAGCUGGCUGCACUCGAGGCAGAAGAACAUGAUCGUAAUGAACAGAAGUGGUUAGAGCGGGAAAAGGAGGCUCAGCUUAGAUGGGAAGAAGAUCGUCGUCAAAGAAUGCUUGUGAAGCAGCGUGAAGAAGAAGCACAAAAAAGAAUAAAAGAAGAGUGGGAAAUUAAACAAGCAGAAUCGAAGAAAGUUGUCUGCGAAUCAAAACCUAAGGAAAUACAUGAAAAGUCUAUUGACCUUCCACCCUGGCAUCAUCCUCCACCUCCUGUAUCUUCUCCAUCAGUUAUGCAUCAAUCACGAUGUACCACAGCGUCUACGGUGACUGAAAAGUGCAGUUUUUUUCGUAAAACAGGAGCAUGUCGAUUCGGUUUUCUUUGCUCUCGUCUUCAUGAAUACCCAAAUGCAUAUGACGUCGUAGUACCAUGGAAUAAUAGUACCGAUAAUCAUGAUGGUCUUGAUGAACCGAUAGAUAAUUCGUGUUUAGUUUUACGAAUUCCCAAAAUGUUUACACAUUAUCAUUUGGACUUAAUCAAGAAUGGUUUAGAAGAUCAAGAUUCUGAACUUGAAGUCGAUGAAAAUCAGUUAUUGUUGGAUUAUCAUGACUUCUACCAUGAUGUUCGUAAUGAGAUGGAGUCAAGGUGGGGCAGGAUUUCAGUGAUUCGGACAUGUCGUAAUCAAGCUGAUCAUCUGCGUGGAGCAGUUUAUGUCGAAUUUGCAAGAGGUCCAAGUGCAACUUGGGAUGCUGCUGAAGGUUGUAACGGUCGUUGGUUUGCUGGACGUCAGUUAACUUGUACUGUUGUUCGAUUAGGUGGUGGUUGGAGAGAAGCCAUUUGUGGUCUCUAUCAUCGUGGUAAAUGUCCAAAGGGUGAUCUUAACUGUAAUUUUUUACAUGUAUUUCUUAAUCCUGGUGAAACUACUAAAGACUUGCAAAGCACGCUAUGGCGUCAUUUGGGUAGUCUUCCUAGUCCAAUGGAUAAUGCUCAUAGUGAUCACGUUUCCUCUCCGAUGAUGAAGUCUUAUUUAAAAUAUUCUUAUAUACAUCAUAUUGACCGACGGAAAAGACGAAGACAGUCUUCGCGUACUUCAUCAUCAUCGUCAUCAUCAUCAUCAUCAUCGCCGCUGCCAUCACCAUCCUCCUCCUUAACAAGAAGUGAUCAAUCUUCCAGGUCGAAGAAGAAGUUUAAAACUUCAAGCCGAUCACAUCACCAUAGAUAUAAAUAUCACAGAAAGGAUAGGCGUAGUAAUAGUACUAAAUACUCAAGAUCCCCUUCACCAUCCACCCACAAGAGACACAAGAAACAUAGUAAGGAGAAAUCACCUAGACCUAGACGGCUGAAGCUAAUUAGUACUAAGUAACCAUAAGUAGAGUUCAAUACUCAUUUUAUUCAUAUUCACAAGUGAUAUUUUUCCUCUCCUUGGACAAGAUCUCCGCUUUUUUUCUCCCAUUUCUCCCAUUCUAUCAUCUGUAAAUACAUUGCACAUGUAUGCAUUUGUAUGUACAUAAAUUUAUCCCUUUCUUUUCUUACCCAUUUAUGUCAUAUAUGCAUUGUAAAUAAACUCAUCAAAGAAGGUUUGUAAAUCGCUUGUUUUUACUUUCUAUGCAUUUGUUCUCAUUAUUUACUUAUUGUUAUUCCUUCGGAACAAUCGUAACAACUAUGACCUAGAUGUUGAUAGUCCUUUGUUUGUCUGUUUAUUUGUGCUCCUAGGUUGAUGCUGUUGUUGGUUUAUCGUGGGAUUCAAUUGAUUUUACGUAAAUACCUAUUUAUAAAUGUACACACACACACACACAUUUGGAUGUUUUGUCCAUUUUUUCGCCUACUCUAAACUAGUAAUUACAGAAAUUAUAAGCUUUCGAUCUACCUUAAGGCAAUGAUUACUUUGUAAUAGUAAUUAUUCA